GUGCUUUGCUUUCCUUCCAGCCCUGGGCAGCAUCAACAUCCAGCUCGGCGUUGUACCCUUGCUUGAAGAGGAGAGCCAAUCUGCAGCGGGCGUGGCCGUGGCAGUUGUCAUGGUGCUUCUUUGCCUCUGUGUGGCACCGCUGCUGGCGUGUCCGGGUCUUCGAAGGAAGCUGAUUAAAAGAAUCAAAAGGAGAUGCAGUCGCCAGCCAGACUCCAAGGUAUCGGCCAUUCCGCCUGAGCAGAAGGGAGAAGAUGUUGAAGACGUGGACGGGGACGACGAGGUAGUGAGCAAAGAGGGUGGAGGGCAGCCGGAGGAAGAACCGCAGGGCGAGCUGACCCCGCGCACGGACAUCGACGGACUAAACGAGCAGAUGGAGGCACCGCCCACUCCGGAUCAUUCUGAAAAAGAGAGGUCCCCUGGGUUAGCAGCUUUCGAGGACAUUCCGCAGCAGCCUGAAAUCAUCGAGCCUCCACCAGACAACAGGGACCAGGCAGAUGCCGAGGAAAGCGAGGCUUCUCUGACCAGCCCGCCGUCCACAACGAAGUCCCGCAAGGACAAGAAGAAGCGCAAGGAAGAGCGUAGAAAGGCCAAGGAGGAGAAGAAACAAGCGGAGGCACUCGUUGAAGGCUCCUCACACUUGCAGCUGCCGCGACCGUUGCCGCCACCUCCACUGCGGUCACCUCCGAAAAAAACUCUGCCUGCCCUGCCCUUCAAUCCUUCCUUCCACAGCGAAGGCAGCGCCAGAAGCCCUGCGGCUGUCGAAGCCCUGGCAAAGGCCACAGCCAUUCUGCAAGCUGCACAGAAAUUCAAGAAUCUCACUGCCGCGCAGGAUGAUGUGGGCCUGAGCGCCUACGGGCUAAGCAUGAAGGCUUUGUCUAAAGCCAUUGCGGGCCGAGAUGUUGAGGUUCUGGAGAAGGCACUGAAGGAUGCCGAAGCAGCGGGAGUAGGGAUUGAGCUGCUGGAGAAGGCCAGGGAGCGCUUGCGCGAGCUGCAGGACGCAGAAGCUCGUUCCGCUGCAAUCGAACAUCUCCAGGCAGCUAUGGCUGCGGCCGAUGCGGCGCUGCAAAGCACGACGCCAGAAGAAGGGCUCGGGUCUGCUAUCGAG